AUGGGUGGAGAGCGUUGUGGAACUAAGACUCCCCGUCUUGGUCUAUGGACACAUGAUUCUCGCUAUCCAAGAAUCUUCCCACGCCUGGAAAAUCUGUCUCUUUCCUUGGAUGUGGAUGGUGACGACGAUGAAGACAUGACUGAUAUAGAAGAUUGGGCAUUUCUAUAUAGCGCUGCUGCCAAGAGUCCGGCUUUUUGUGGCGUUUGCAACCUCGAAUUGGACGAACAUAAUAGUGAUGUGCCAAUGAUUGGUUGUGACGGAGGGUAUUGUGAAAAUUCAUGGUAUCAUUUUCUUUGCGUCGGACUGCUUAUAGCCCCUACUUCUGUAAAGAUCCUCAAUCCUCUAUCAGACGAGAAGGGUUAUAGCUCAGAAUCACUUGCCGAUUAUGGUGGAUUAUUCGUAUGGAAAGAGAGUGAUGAUGACUCUAGUGAUAGCGAUCACAUUGAAGAGCUUUCUCAGCCAGAGGAAGAAGAUCACGGUGACCCAUUGAUAGAUUGGAAAGGGGGUAAUUUUACGAUCGGCAGCGAUUGUUUCUCCGACUCUACCGUCGAUUCUGACUUGGCGGCCGAUGAAGACGAAAUGUUCCAAGAUAUGGCCAACGAAAAAAAAUCCGAUUUCAACGACAAUCCCGACAACUCAGAUAUUCGAGAGGGUGGUUUAUCUUGCCAGUUUCCUGAUUGUGUAAACACUUUCAUGGGGGCUACUUUUGCAUCUCACUAUGUUCUUGCCAGGCAUGCGAAGCAACAUGACGAGUUGACUCUAAUCUGCCACGAGCCUCAGUGUUCAGGAAGACGGAAAUUUUCUACGAAGAAAAGUCUUGCAACACAUUGUACACGUUUCCAUGAAGUCCAAGAUACUGAGGUCAACUGCGGCAUCAAAGACCGAAGUGGACUUCUAACUCAAUUUAAUUCGAGUUCUUUGUUUAUGAUGUCUACAGAAGCCCUUUUAAAGUUAAUAGAGAGCUAA